CUAAAUCAUUCGAUUUUAUGUAAUUUCACGUUCGAUUUUUUUUUGUUUAAUUUAGAAAAAAAAAUUAUCAAUGACUUUAAAAAUUAAUUUUACCAAUUAUCAUUUACAAAGUGAUUGGCAAGAUGCAUCAAUAAAUGAAAAAAUUUGGCUACAUUCGAUCAAUAUCAAAAAUAAUAAUCAUAAUGAUGAUGAUUUGAAGAAAAAUUAUGAUUUAAAAAUUAUCAAUGAAUCAGAUAUCAUUAUCGAUAAUGAUAAAAAGAAUGAUGAUAAUGAUUUUAUAAUUGAAGAUUAUUCAAAAAAAUGUCUAGCUAUUAAUGAUGUUAAAUCGAAUGUAACACAUCGAUUUAUUGCUCCUGUUCGAGUUUUUCAAUCGAUUCAUCAAAAAUCAAUAAUAUCAUUGGAUGUAGCACCGACUGGAAUAGCUGUAUCAUCAUCAACCGAUGGUACAAUGAAAAUAUGGGAUACAUGUACAAAUGUUUUAAAAUAUGAAUUAAAAGGUCAUUAUUUGGAUGUUAAUCGAUGUCGAUUUUUUCCAUCAAAUGAAGUUAUAGUCAGUGUUGGAUUGGAUAUGUUAAUUAAAAUUUGGUCAGCAAUCGAUGGUUCAUGUCCAGUUACAAUGAAAGGUCAUACUGGUUCGAUAAAUGAUUUGGCUAUUGUUGAUCGUGGACGUAAUAUUAUUACGGUUGGUCGUGAUGGAUUAGCAAAAUUAUGGAGUUGUGCAAAACAAACAUGUAUUGAAAAUUUAUUCGAUACUGAAAAUAUACCUAUAAAUGCCUGUGCAAUCAAAUCAUUUUCAAAUUCAUAUGAUCUUGGUCAACGUAAAGAUUCGGCUAAUGAUGAUAUAUCACGAUCACCAGUACUUUCAAUGAUAUCAGUACGUAGACCAUUCAAUGGUUUUGUUGUUAGCCAUCAGGAUGGAUCAGUUGAUUUUCAUUAUGAUAAUCAUAAUCAAUUAUUACAUUUAACUGGAUCGGAUUGUGAUCCAAUUUAUCAAAUUGUUUAUGAUGAUAAAUUUAUUUAUACUGCUUGUCGUGAUGGAAAAGUUCGUAAAUAUUAUCUAAAUAAUGCUUUUGAAUAAAAGAUAAAAAAAAUUAUUUGAACA